UGAUGGGCAUUAUGUGUGUGCUGUUGACAUGCUGGUCACCUCUACUGGUCCUUAUGUUAAAGAUGAUCUCAACCCACACAUCCUCGCAUCAAUGCAAUUCUGCUGCUGUAUCUCUCUCAUCCCAGGACUUACAGAUGGACUGUAACUUCUUUCUCACAGCCAUACGCCUGGCCUCUCUCAAUCAGAUUCUGGAUCCAUGGGUUUACCUACUCCUGAGAGAGAUUCUUCUGAGGAAGUUCUGCCAGGUGGCCAGCGCAGUAUCCAAGUGCUCACUGGAUGUGCAGAAGGAAACUCAGUGUCCUGUAGACGCCCUAAAUAAAAAGGCCAUUCAGAAUGAUAAUGUUCACAAACAGUCCCUUAACAUGGAGAACAGUAACUUGAAUGGGGGAAAUGAGGAACAGUGACUUGAUAGUGGUACAAAAUUUUCCAA